AUGAUGCAUUCAGGGCUCUGGAGCUCAGCUGCUUCUCUCGCAAGGCGGGUCUGUCGGAGCGCCGGACUGAGUGUAAUUGGAGACCGAGAGGCUCCUCGUUACUUUCCAUUCAGUCUUAGGUGCUCUCUUCUCCACCAGACUUGGGGGGGAAAAGAGGCUCCUGGUACCUUAAAGGAUAUUAUCACUCUGAAGAUUUCCCCCGUGUCUCUUCCUCUCUGAAUCUGGGAUCUACAAUCUGGGGGGGAAAAGUGGCUUCCACUGUUCGGGUUUUUUUUAAAGUAUAUAUUAUAUUUUUCUCUCACCAAAGGAAAUCUCUGAGCUACCGAGACCAUUUAAAAGACUGAACGCUUCAGUAGCUGGGUUUCAUAUUGUGGAUAUUACAUUUCCCAUCUGAAGAUAAUGACGUUUCUCUGUCUCCAAGUGUUGAUUGGGGUGUUUAUUUGCUCUUGGAGUGUAAAAGGAUCUUCGCAGCCCCAGGCCAGGGUGUUCUUAACAUUCAAUGAACUGCAGGAGACCAGGACCUCUCAGUUUUAUGCUCUUUCCCAUCACCCUCUAGACUACAGGAUAUUGGUGAUGGAUGAAGAUCAAGACCGGAUCUAUGUCGGCAGCAAAGAUCAUAUUCUGUCUUUGAAUAUCAAUAAUAUAAGCCAGGAUCCUUUGAGUAUUUUCUGGCCAGCAUCAACAGCCAAAGUUGAUGAGUGCAAAAUGGCUGGCAAAGAUCCUACACAUGGUUGUGGCAACUUUGUUCGUGUCAUACAGACAUUCAACCGGACUCAUCUCUAUGUAUGUGGGAGUGGAGCAUUCAGCCCUGUAUGUGCCUACCUUAAUAGAGGGCGAAGGUCUGAGGAGCAAAUUUUCAAGAUCGAUUCCAAAUGUGAAUCUGGGAAGGGACGCUGCUCUUUCAACCCUAACGUGAACACUGUCUCUGUUAUGAUCAAUGAAGAACUAUUUUCAGGAAUGUACAUUGAUUUCAUGGGAACUGAUGCGGCCAUAUUCCGUAGUUUAACCCGGAGGAAUGCUGUGAGGACUGAUCAGCACAACUCUAAAUGGCUCAGUGAGCCCAUUUUCGUGGAUGCCCAUCUCAUCCCAGAUGGCACCGACCCGAAUGAUGCCAAAGUGUACUUCUUCUUCAAAGAGAAACUGACGGACAACAGCGGCAGCACUAAGCAAAUCCACUCAAUGAUUGCUAGAAUAUGUCCUAAUGACACUGGUGGGCAGCGUAGUCUUGUUAACAAGUGGACAACCUAUUUGAAAGCAAGGCUUGUAUGUUCCGUCAUGGAUGAUGAUGGCACAGAGACCUACUUUGAUGAAUUAGAGGAUGUGUUUCUUCUUGAAACAGACAACCCCCGAACAACAUUGAUAUAUGGAGUUUUCACAACAUCCAGUUCUGUAUUUAAAGGCUCAGCAGUGUGUGUGUACCAUUUGUCCGAUAUCCAGAGAGUCUUCAAUGGGCCGUUUGCCCACAAGGAAGGCCCAAACCAUCAGCUGAUUCCUUACCAGGGAAGAAUUCCUUAUCCACGACCUGGAACUUGUCCUGGAGGAGCCUUCACACCCAACAUAAGGACAACCAAGGAGUUUCCAGAUGACGUGGUGACCUUUAUCAGGAACCAUCCCCUGAUGUUUAAUCCCAUCUACCCAGUCCACAGGAGGCCACUGAUCAUUCGGACAGGCACUGACUACAAGUAUACAAAGAUAGCUGUUGACCGAGUCAAUGCUGCAGAUGGAAGAUAUCACGUCUUGUUUCUUGGAACAGACCAAGGCACAGUACAGAAAGUAGUGGUCCUGCCCAGCAAUUCCUCUACAGGUGGAGAACUCAUCUUAGAAGAGCUUGAAGUGUUUAAGAAUAAUGCUCCUAUAACAACAAUGGCCAUUUCAUCUAAAAAGCAACAGUUGUAUGUCAGCUCAGAAGAAGGGGUCACCCAAGUUUCUCUGCAUCGCUGUCAUGUCUACGGGACCGCCUGUGCCGAUUGCUGCCUUGCCAGAGACCCUUACUGUGCUUGGGAUGGCAAUUCCUGCUCCAGGUUCUACCCAACAGGGAAAAGGAGAAGUCGUAGACAAGAUGUGAGGCAUGGAAACCCUAUGACUCAAUGCCGGGGAUUUAACCUAAAAGGUUACCGAAAUGCAGCUGAGGUCAUUCAGUAUGGAGUCAAGAAUAACACCACCUUCCUUGAGUGCACUCCUAAAUCUCCACAGGCCUCUGUGAAGUGGCUCUUACAGAAGGACAACGACAGAAGAAAAGAGGUCAAACUUAAUGAGAGAAUCAUCGCAACUGCGCAAGGGCUCUUAAUUCGUUCCGUUCAGGAGGCAGACCGGGGGCUUUACCACUGCAUUGCGACAGAGAACAACUUCAAACAGACGAUAGCGAAGGUGAACUUCAAGGUGUUAGAUUCAGAUAUGGUGGCUUUCAUGACUGAAAAAUGGUCCCCAUGGACCUGGGCAAGCUCACUCCAGGCUUUGCAGUUUCAUCCCAAGGACUUGGCUGGAUCCAUCAGCCAUUCAGAACUGCAGUUGAUCAAUCAAUACUGCAAAGACACAAGGCAACUUGGGCAGCAGGCGGAAGAGUCCCAGAAGUUGAGGGGGGAUUAUGGCAAAUUAAAGGCCCUCAUCAACAGCAGGAAAAGUCGGAACCGAAGAAAUCAGUUGCCUGGAUCCUAAGGUUAUAUCUUGGAGCAUCACACACACACCCUUUAUAGUACCCUCUCUCAAGGGUACCAAAUACUUUGUGUUUUGUUUAUUUGUUUGUUUUCCUGCUGAGAGCAUUGAAAAAAAACAACAAUAGUCAGGCAGGUCUGGUACAAGACAUUUUUUAAAAAUCAUAAAGUGCAACCUACCUAAGCUAAAGAGGAAAAAUUAAACAUCAAAUCCAAAGAGAUUUCAUUGGUGAAGUGCCCACUGACACAUCCUUACUUUUAACUGUAUAAAGCCAGUGAUUUGCCUUAACCCAGAUUCUCACGUGAUGCACUGACCCUCCAUCUUGGAAUUGAGCAAGAGGAGAUGUACAAGACCGAGUUUGGGUUAGGAGGAAAAGCGAGUUCAGGCUAUGUUCAUACACAUAUUUUCUAUCAACUUUUAUAUAUGUUAUAUAUAUAUGGUUUUCUCUGUUUACGGUACAUUACAUUGAGGGGAAAACCCAGCUGAUGUCAGUCGUACUCUUGAGAGUAUCAUGGGAGUGAUAAUCUUAUUUGCAACCCCACACAUAAUUUCCUGCAGAACCUGGAAAAGUUACUUCUGCAAACCCUAACUCUUUGAAUGUUUGGGAGAAUAAUUUCUAAUGAUGGAGCUGCUGAGGUGGAAUCCCAGGGAAGAUAUGGUCCAACCAAAGUAACUGCUUUCCUGGGAGUAAGUUCCAGUAGGUUCAAAGGGUGAAAUUCUGAGUAAAGAUGCACAGAACUGUACUGGGUAUAUAGUUAGUUCAGAGUGGGGUUAAUUGAGUAUAAUCUUCCUUCCCAACCCCUUUGACCUGAUAAAGUCUCUGUGUAAAAGAAGAAAGCCAAGAUAAAAUCAUUACAGCCAAAAAAAAAGGGGAGGGGGAGAUUCAGAUGCUGCUAAACAGCUGCAGAUGUCCCUGUGUCCCUUGGUGUACCCUUUCAAAGAUGGGAAUCAUCUUUAGAAAAGUUAACAAACAUUGAGUGCGGGAGCAAAAUGAAAGCAUGCACUAGCCAAAUUUUAACUUUUUAAAGUUUCAUUGUCUUCAGUUGGAAGGAACGUAAGGAUGUUUUGAAGACUUCAACUGAGAUCAGUGGGACUUUUUAAAAAAAGUUUCAAUUCAGCUGUAAUGUGUUUUAGAUUUGUGUAGAAUAAGGAAAACAGGCCAGAGGGGGCAGCUUUCUGGGUCAAAAUGAAGGGCAGAACUAGCGUGAAAAUCUAGAUUAGCUUAAAGUCAUACUAACUAAUGAAAGGAAAUUGUAACUACUGUGAGUAGAUAGAUUUCAACCUAUAUGAUUGAAUUUGCAAAUAUAAACUAUGGUAAAAGAAAGCCUAAGAACAUAUGUGGAGGAAAAUCCCCAUUACAAGCCUAGGCUCAACUGCUGGAGGAAUUAUCAGUAUGGAUUCUCACAGAAAGAAUUAUACAGACCCAGAAUACAUUCUGAAUGCAACAUUCAGAAUGCAGAGAAGCAUGUGUUACCCAUACCUUCUGCAUCCAGUGUUCAAAUUGUGCUAUUUAUCCAUUUAUAGAAUGCAUAUGGGGAGUGUAUGGAAGUGCAUGCAACAGCCUCAGUGUCCCCUUUCAUUUGAAGGUACUGCUUAGCCCUUCAGUGAAACAUGCUUUAGGCUGCCUGUCUGUAUGAUGAGUUACUCUUGGGGGCCUGAAGAUUUGCCUCCAUCUUUCCCCACUCAAGGUGGGAUGGCAGGAGUCGAGCCAGCAGGAAUGUUUGGGGGCAGAAGUGGCAUCUGUAGGCCUGUGCCCCCUCAUACUUUGCAUCCACUGACCUUAAUUAACAUUGUAAAAUGAGGGCAAAGGAAUGGUGCUCUAAACCAUGUGUGACUAGUACCUAGUAGUAAAUUACUUUGGUAUGCAUGUAGCCACUCAGGAAGAUUACCAGGGUUCCCCAUCAUUAUCUCUUGCUACACCUUCUACCAUAGAGUCACAAGAUACAGCUAGGUCAAAGAAAUUAUAAAGCCACUUAGUUACUGGGUGAACCUCCUGGAAACUAUCAGCUGUCCAGAAGACAUUUCAGUCAGGCUGAAUCUGAGGCUUUGGGGGCAGCCUGUAGGAUUCCUUUCCGGUGUGCUUCGGUAAAUGUGGCUUCCGUUUCCUUUUUUUUUGCUUCUUUCCACCUUGGAUCAGGUCUUCUGCUCAUUUGGUUCCUCUAAGAGACUAUUUGGCACACCACGCAAACCAUUCCUGACCCUGACUUCAUUGUAAUGAAACAGGUUUUGGGAGCCUAACAGGCACGAUGUGAAAAAGCAACACUUCCAGGUCACAUUCCCAUCGCCUGUAUUAUUUGAAGUGAUAUUUCUGAAAAUGAAAGUUUGUGUAGGGAAGCUUAUUUUAAGACUUAACCAGAUUUCAUAUUUAUCUUGUCUCAUUGGCAGCCUCCAUAAGGUAAAUGUUCUCUUGGAGUAAUUGCUUCCUGCCACAAUUUUACCCCUUUUGUUCUGCCUCCAGGUAACCUCUGUCUUUGAGAGAUUUUGCCCUCUCAUUUGUAAACCUACCACUGUUUUCUUCUUCUUCCAAGGAAUAACUCUGCUGAAGUGCAUGGCUAUCAAAGAGCUUGGGAAAGUUACUUUUAUUGGACUAUAAUGCUCAAGUUAGCAUGGGCACUUGCUGUGCUGGUGGGAGGAAAUCAGGGCCGGCUGGAUAGCUGAGUGAAGUUGGGCAUUUGAUUUCCCACUGUGCCUUCAUGGAGAUGAGCCAACCUGUGUAGGUUUGGGCAAACUGCACAGUCCCAGGGCACCCCCAGAACAAGGGAAUGGUAAACCCCUUCU